CUCGCAAAUAGAAAUUGACAUAGUAAAAAGACUUGAACGUUUACGUGCAAUCCCUUCUCUCACAUUCAUCCUUCUCAGAUCUCAUUUCGAAAAUUGUUGUUGUUCCAAAAUGGCAGAGGCAUUUCUUCAACUCGUUCUUAAUAAUCUGAGCUCUCUUAUCAAGGAGGAGAUCGGAUUGAUCUUGGGUGUUGACAAUGAGAUGAAGAAGCUCUGCAGCACUCUCACCACCAUCCAAGCUGUGUUGGAGGAUGCAGAAGACAAGCAAAUCGAGAGCAAGCCAAUUCGUGACUGGCUGCAGAAGCUCACCGCUCUUGCUUAUGAGAUUGAUGACAUUUUGGAUGAGUGCAACACUCAUGUCUCCAAACUCAACCACACACAUUCCAAACUCAGCCGCUACAGCCUGAAGAAAUUAUUGUAUCGCCACAAUAUAGCAAGGAGGAUAAAGCAAGUCAACGAGAAAGUGGAGGCAGUUGUUGCGGAGCGUGCUAAGUUUCAUCUACGCGAGAUGCCUGUUGAUAGGCCAAGAGAAGCUGCUCCUACCUCACGCGAGACGGCUUCCCUGUUGAACCAGUUUGAUAAGAUUCAUGGCAGGGAAGAAGAUAAAGACACGAUUGUGAAGAUGUUGGUGAAUGAGGUGAAGGACAAACAAGAGAUGUCCGUGCUGCCAAUCAUCGGUGUUGGCGGCCUUGGCAAGACCACUCUCGCUCGACUAGUCUUCAACGAUCCGCAGGUGGAAGAGCAUUUUGACGUAAGGAUUUGGGUUUGUGUUUCUGAUAACUUUGAGAUGAAGACUUUGGUGAAUGCCUUGAUUGAAUCUGCCACAGGGAGUGGAGAAGGUUCGGGUCUGCAGCACUUGGAUGCUACAGAGCGUCGACUCUGGGAAUUGUUGAGCAAAAAAAGAUAUUUGAUUGUGAUGGAUGACGUCUGGAACGACCACCAGGAUAAAUGGUUUGAGUUGAGAGAUGUUCUAUCAUGUGGCUCAGCCGGUUCAUCGGUUGUUGGGAAUGAAAUAUGUGAUGAGUUGCUGCUUAGAUCUCUUCUACAAACAAAUGGUGUUAAUAUUAAUGUGAUCGGUAUGCAUGAUCUCGUUCAUGAUUUGGCAGAAUCAAUAAUGGAGAACAAAGUUUCGGGAAUACAAAGUGAAAGAAAUCUCGCAAGUGCAUCAACUGUCCGCGAGGUAAAUUUGCUAAAAAAACUGCCUUGUUUCCUAAAGUUUUUCAGCAAGAUAUGAACAUUACUUCCAUCUUGGAGCUCACAAGUUUAAGAGUAUUAUAUGCAACUCAAAAAGCAAUAAAAGAUUUGCCUCCUUCCAUAGGCAAUCUUAAGCAUUUGCGAUACUUGAAUUUGUCUUGUUCCGAAAUUCGCACUCUCCCCAACUCGUUAUGUACUCUUUGGAAUUUGCAAACCCUCAACUUGGACAUGUGUCAUAGGCUUGUGGCUUUACCUAAGAAGCUCAAUUCCUUAGCGAAUCUCCAACAUCUAUGUUUGUCCUAUUGCAAGUCAUUGUGUGAGAUGCCACCUAAAACAAGAGAAUUAAAUGGCCUGAAAACAUUGAGUAUGUUUAUAGUGGGUCACCACAGAGAUAAACUUGAGGAACUGGAAUACUUGAACCUCAGUGGAAGGCUUGAGAUUAUGCAUCUGGAGAGAGUAAAAGAUCAUAUGGAUGCAAAGAAAGCAAAGAUUGAAAAGAAAAACAAUCUUCGAGAGUUGAGUUUGUCAUGGGAAAGAAAGUAUUUAUCCAAGCUAGAGAUGGAAGUUGAUGAAAGGGUGUUGGAAGCACUUCAACCUCACCCCAAUCUUGAAUCUCUUUAUAUAGAAGGCUUCAGUGGUAGACAUCUUCCACUGGGAGAGUUACCUCAUCUUGAGAAGCUGCAUUUGAAGAAUGUGAGGGUGGAGUAUAUUAUUGAAGAAGUUGGGUGUGGACACUCAGUAAAGAUACAGUUCCUAGCUUUGAAAGAAUUGCAUUUAACUGAUCUCCCUAAUCUUAAGGGACUUUCAAAGGAGCAUGAGAGUAAAGAAGCAUUCCCAAAUCUUGAAACUCUAAGGAUUAAGCAUUGCUCUUCAUUAAUACUGCCAACACUUUCAUCCUUUCAAAAGUUGAAGUUACUAGGAUGCAGUAGCUCAACUUUGUGUUUAUUAUCUGAGGAGGACAUUCCUAUGAAUCUCGAAGUGGAUAUUGAGGAGAGCCUGACAUGUUUCCCUAUAGAAACAUUGGCAAAGUUCAGUAAGCUCCGAUCACUGGUUGUUAUGGGUGCAAAAGAGAUCUCUGUGACAAGAGAAGGUUUGCAAGCCUUAAAAGAUCUUACAAAAUUAAGUCUAGAGCAUUGUUGGACAAUGAGAUGUUUACCGGAAGGAAUGUUGGGGCACCUUACUGCUCUGGAUUUCCUCCAUAUAUGGGACUGCCGAGAGUUAGUUGAGCUGCCAGAGGAUAUUAAACAUCUCCAUAAUCUUAAGUUUCUCUUCUUAACACAACUUCCCAUGAUAACGCGCUUGCCUCGAGCCUUUCAAAAGCUCACUUGGCUACAACUACAAGAUCUUCCUAAGCUGGAAUCACUCCCAGGUCAGCUACCAUCUCUUAAUAGACUCGUUCUUAUAGACUGCCCAAAGAUUGUAUCAAUUCCAGCUCUGCCAAAUCUGAAAGGUAUAUCAGUCAAUGGAUUCCCACAACUGGAAAGGAGAUGUCAAAGAGGAAGUGGAGAGGAUUGGCACAAGAUUGCCCACGUUCGAAGCAUCUAUAUUUUACCAUAAUAACUCAACUAAUUUUUGUUGAUUUUACGUACAAAGCGAGCUUAACUAUGGUUUAAUACUCUGUCUUCAAUUGAUGAAGAAGAUGUACAAGAAAUAGCUUUGGAGAGAGUAUACGAAGUUGUGUUGAUGAACUUUGAAAUGUCAGCGUUGUGGCAAGGGCUGAAGCACGUACAUGUUCAAGUGCACAAAGUCGAUUGCAAGUGUAACUCUGUUGGAAGUGAUAGCAAAGGUGAUCCGGCCACAGUGUGCAAUGUCAAGUUGUCAAGCCUUGAUGAUCAAUGUGUGAGUGCAGCGUGUGGUGCACAAGAGAAACCAAUCACCAACCUCACACGAGCUGAAGUUGUGAAUGAACGAUAGUGACUUCUCUCUCAAUACAUAUUUAGCAUAUUCAAGUUCAUCUUUCUUCUUUAUGGAUUCCGCAACAUGUUUUCAUGGUAUCAGAGCAGGAUCCUUUUGAUCCUGUCUCUCCUAUCCCUAUAGCCUAGUUUCUUUGUUUCUUUCUGGAAAUGGCAGAAGCCAAUGAAUCCAUACCGCUGGCAACACUGCCACCAAUUUUUUUUCAGUUGCCUCCAAUUUCAGUCAAGUUAACUGAUGGAACUUUCCUCAUGUGGCAGCAAUAAGUAGAUGUUGCGGUUUAUGGCUAUGGCCUUAAUGAUUUAUCACAGAAGAGACUGAUCCUCCUCCACAGCUGAUUCCAGACCAAGAUGGAGAGUCAAUGGUGUCAAAUCCAGCCUUCAUAACUUGGCAAAGGCAAGAUAAGAGAGUAGUUGGGUGGCUCUUGUCCUCAUUGUCAGAAAAUGCUCUAACCUUGGUGGUAGGACUCAGAUCUGCUAGAGAUAUAUGGAGUGCAUUGGAGACCAACUUUGCAAGCCUCUCUACAGCCAAGGUGAUGCAAUACCGUCAACAGAUGCAGACUUUAAAGAAGGAUGGAAUGCCUAUAACUGAGUAUUUGGGUAAGAUGAGAACCUACUUUGAUUUGCUUGGAUCUGUUGAUUGUAGAAUUUCAGAAGCUGAGCAAGUUCUGCCUGGGAGGACUUGGCCAAGACUAUGAUCCUGCAGUCUGUGCAGUGACAUCUAGAUCAGAUCCAAUGAGCCAAGACUAUGAUCCUGCAGUCUGUGUAGUCAAGAAUGGAAUCAACUAGAACUCAUUCCAUCAGCUCAGAUGGAUCUCAACCUUCACUGAAUCUGGUCCAGCAACAGUUUGGACAGAAAAGGGAGCAACAAAAUUUUAACAAGAAGUUUGAAUCAGAAAGUGGAAGAGGAUUUGGAGGCAGUAAUCAAAGAGGAGGCCGAGGUGGAAGAGCUAUGGCAGAGGAGGCAACAAAAUUGUCUGUCAGCUAUGUGAAAAGCCCAGUCAUUUUGCAGCAAAAUGUUGGCAUAGGUUUGAACAAAACUACACACCACCUCAAGUUCAGUUCAGAGGAAGUGCUCCUCAACAGCAAAAUCAAGGAUUCUUCAAUCCUUCAGCUCAGUGCCAAGGUCUCCAUCAGGCUCAUUCUCUGUUGGAGCUCCAUCAGAGUUCAGUUAUGGUUCAAAUACUUCUUCAAGCUGGUAUCCAGACUAUGGAGCAACACACCAUGUGUCUAAUGAUCUCAGCAACCUCAACAUAAGCACUGAAUACACUGGAUGACUUAAACACCAAGGAAAUUGUGCUAAAAUGAACUCUUGAGAGAUGCUUAUAUCACUUCCUAGUUGAUCAUACCCCAAUCAAGCGAGGCAUUGUCCCCAUCUCUUCUUCCAGUCCAGAGAGUCCAGCCCCUGAGCUUGGCCAACUCACAGUCCAGCAGCAGUUCCAGUCAAUUUUCUAGUCUAGAUUUGUCUUUGUGGCAUAGUAGACUAGGACAUCCUACUCUAGAUGUAGUUAAACUUGCUCUUAGCAGUUGUAAUAUUCCUUAUCAUGCAAUGAAAGUUUCUUCACUUUGUUAUUCUUGUUGUGUGUCAAAAGCUCAUAAACUGCCAUAUCCUCAGUCUUUUUCUCAACAAAAUUCACCUCUUGAGCUUAUACAUUAUGAUCUUUGGGGCCAUCUCCAGUCAUUCCAUUCCCCCGUACCAAGUAGCCCCUUAUAGUCAUUUUUACCAUGUUUUGAUCUUGUAAUUCGAUUGGCCAUUCUGCCAUAUGCAUGUCGUUUUGAAUUUUCAAAUUGGUAAAUAGGUAAAAGGUUGUACAAUUUGAAUUUUCAAACUGUACACUUUUGUGCACUCUACAAAAUGGCCUAGUGUCUAUACUUAUAGUAGUAUAAGUCGGUUGUUUUGCCGACUUUGAAUUUGCUAGAGUAUUCUAGCCUAUUACCAUAAUAUAAGAUCAUGAUAUUAGUUAGUUGGUAUUUUUAAUUG